UGUAUAAAUUUCCAGCCUGCCAAAUCCCAAUUAUCAACUUUCCAAAAUAUCCCUCUUUAUCUCUUUGACAUCCUGUUCCUGUUCUCAAUUCACAACUCCAUUACUCAACUAUAUGUACUCCUCAAACACAGCUGCCGAUCAGAGAUAUGUGCAUCCUCCACCGCAGGCGCCACCACCACCACCAAGUGGGAACCAGCAGCCGCCAACUCAACCUCUACUACCCAAAACUAAUGGUGCUUGGUCUACCGACCUCUUCGACUGCUUCGAUGACAUCCCUAAUUGCUGCAUAACGUGCUGGUGUCCCUGGAUUACUUUCGGGCAGAUUGCGGAGAUUGCAGACGAAGGAUCACCCUCAUGUGAAGCAAGUGUAGUUAUGUACGCACUAACAGCGGCCUUGACAGGCUAUCCAUGCAUCUACUCUUGCCGUUAUCGUUCCAAAAUAAGGCAACAAUAUAUGUUCAAUAAUGCUAGCAUCACGUUGCAAGAAACUCCUUGCGAUGAUGGCUUGGUUCAUUGCUUCUGCGAGCCUUGUGCCUUGUGUCAAGAGUACCGCGAGCUCAAAAACCGCGGAUUCGACAUGUGCCUUGGAUGGAAAGGGAAUGUGGAGAAACAGAAUCGUCAAAUAGCGACGGCACCAACGGUUGAAGUAGGGAUGACUCGAUCGUCUUAGAUCAGUCAACAACGAAGCUCUAUCUAUUAAGGUUGCAUUAUUUCUAAACGUUUGAAAUAUUAAUAUCCAUCACAUACGGAAUGUGGCAACAGUGCAGAUGAUAUUUUGUUGCUUUGUAAUAGUAGGAGUUGGGACUAUCUUGUUUUAGGUAAAACAAAUAAUAUCCUCGCUAGAGAAAUUUUAUGAUAUACAUCUCAUUUUAGAGUGACUAUAUUGUUGGUACAACAAAUAAUAUUUUCGCUAGAGAAAUUUUAUGAUACACACCUCGUUUUGGAGUGUGAUUCAUAUGUUA